UCUCUUUCGGAUAAGCAGAGGGCCUCUCUCUCUCUCUCUCUCUCUCUCUCUCUCUUUCUGCUUUCAGUUCCAGAACACCCAAAAACCCAGGAUUCUCAACACUCAAAAGAAUUCGGAAAAAUAGUCUUUUGUUGAAUGCCUUGCAUGUUGUUUGCAUCUUUUUCCCAAGAAACAAACAGAAAAUGCUUCUCCACGUAAACACCAAUAUUCCAUCCCCAUCUUCUCUUCUUCUUCAGCAUCAGCGGCAGCAGCACCACCAUGGCCUUUCUCAUUCUACUCACUUCCUCCUCCCAUUUGGGUCUUCUCUCAAGCCGAAGCCCCACAAGCUCUCUCUUCAGGCCAUUUUUCAGAGCUCCAAAGAAUCGUUUUUGACAACUUCUUCAAUGAAUGCCAUUAGAUUCCCUAAGUUUCAGAUACUCCAAAGGGAAUUGGCAAUGGAAUCCCUUGCCCCAACGAAAUUCGACAAAUUUUUUAGGAGCCUUUUGACUUUUGAGGACAUUGAAGUUAUGAAAAGGCAAUUUCUUUGUGCCUCCACACUUUUGGUUGGACAAACCUUAGGGAUGGUUUCUGCACCAGUGGCGCAAGCUAGGGAUCAUAUGAAAACAAAUGAGAUUUAUGAGGUUGGAGAAUUAUUUGAAUUGGGCAUCCAGCUAUCAUACUUGCUAUUAUUAUUAGGUUUUCUUGGGGUUGGAACAUUCUUUGUGAUUCGACAAGUCCUUGUGCGUAGAGAGCUGGAUCUUUCUGCCAAGGAAUUGCAGGAACAGGUAAGAAGUGGUGAUGCCAGUGCAACUGAGUAUUUCGAACUAGGUGCAGUGAUGCUGAGAAGGAAAGUUUACCCAGCUGCUAUCAAAUAUUUGCUUCAAGCAAUUGAGAAUUGGGAUGGAGAUGAUCAAGAUCUUGCCCAGGUUUACAAUGCCCUCGGUGUCAGUUAUAUCCUUGAAGGGAAGCUUGACAAAGGAAUUAGUCAGUUUGAAACUGCCGUGAAACUUCAACCUGGUUAUGUUACAGCAUGGAACAACCUUGGCAUUGCCUAUGAAAAGAAGAAAGAGUUCAAGUCAGCUCUAAAGGCAUUUGAAGAAGUGCUUACAUUCUUGAUCAUUGGGUUUCCUUGUUCUUCAGCCAAGUUAGCCUCAAUGAUCCUGUUAUUGCCGUUGUUGAUGGGGAAAGGGGGAGUGAGCACCGCAGACAGUUAUUACCUUCAUAUAAAGCGCAUAGGAGUAAAUUCUAUCGACAAUUUUCAAAAGGACAUGUUGGAAGGUCUUAUCAAGUCAUCACAGAUGUUCUCAGAAAAUGCAAUGUACCAGUCAUAAAAAUAAAAGGCCAUGAAGCUGAUGAUGUUGUAGCUACGCUUGUGGGACAAGUUCUUCAAAGAGGACGCAAAGUGGUGAUUGCCUCCCCCGAUAAAGAUUUUAAACAGUUGCUUUCAGAAGAUGUCCAAAUCGUUAUGCCUUUGAUCGAGUUAGAACGCUGGUCUUUUUACACCUUAAAGCACGACAUAGCUCAGUAUAAUUGUGAUCCAUGCUGUGAUCUAAGCCUUAUAUGCAGGAUGCAUUUUGGGUGAUGAGGCUGACUGUGUUCCUGGGAUCCAACAUGUACUCCUGGAUUUGGUAGAAAGACUGCCAUAAAGCUCUUGAAAAAGCAUGGUACAUUGGAAAAUUUACUGACUGCAGCCUCGGUAAGAACCGUGGGCAAAGACUAUGCACAAAAUGCACUUACAAAGCAUGCUGACUACCU